UCGCGGCAACGGCAACGAUUACGGCGCCAGCGACGAUUUCUGGGCAUGUACGUCUUCUAUCCGGCGGACGAGCUCCUGCGUAUCUAUGAGAAUCCGAUUCGGGAGUCCGUGUCACUGACCGUCAACGACGCAGCGGUGAACGCCGGUUACGAGGAGACCGACAAUUAUUAUCAGCAGCAGCAGCAGCAGCAGCAGCAGCAGCAACGAGUCGUCGUCGCGAACGACAACAAUCACAAGCGUAAGAAGGAGAAAAAGCGAGAGUCUAGUCAGACAUUAGCCAGAAGGCAGACCUGCGCCGCUCGUAACGGCGGCGCUGACAAUCUCAGUAAGAAAGGACGACGCGAAGAGCACCAGGCCGGGACUAUGCAAAAUAAUCGUGCCGCCGGCGAAGAGGCCGCCAAUCCCCUCAAGGACCUCACGCAGCCGAGUCUCAACGAGCCGCUCAAACAGCACAAUGGCGUUGCGCUUAAGCUCGUGCAGACGGUCUCCGAGUUCGCCCAAGAGUUGGGCGCCGCGAUGGAGAGCCACUCGGCGAACGUGCGACGUCUGGUCGACGAAUUUCGCAGUCGAUCGGCCGAUUCGAGAAUCGAUAUCGGUGGUAUGCGACGCGUUUGGGAGAGCCUGUUACGGCAGGUCGAGGCGGACGCGGUCUCUCACCUCGACCUGGCCGCGGUCCUGCAGCAACAACUGUCCAGGCCGACGUUAGAGGCGAGCUUUCAUCGGAAACUACAGUCGCGGAAGGUAUUCACCCAUCGCGAUGCAUACGAGCAAGUGGUUAGCAAGACGGAGGAGAAGUUGCAGCGCGCCAGAUUGGAUUACAAGCGCGCCUACGCUGCGUUGCUAACCAAUGAUGGCAGUGCCGAGCAGGAAUUGAAGCGCGCUUACUUGGAGUCGCAUAACGCCUAUAUCCUGCAACUACGCGCCACCAAUGCCAUUACCGAGCGCUAUCAGUUCCAUUGUCUACCGGGGUUGCUCGGCGAGAUUGCGGAGGUCUACGAGGAACUUUGCGGAUUGGCCUGCAAAUGCGUCGCCGGGAUUUCGGAGGCGGCCGGAGAGCGCGCCGGCGACCAGGCCAAGCGUUAUCAAGUCGUGGCGAAGGAAGCGCAGGCGGUGGUGCCAUCGAACGAUUUGCAGACCCUAGCGCGAAACCUGUCGGCUAGCACGACGCCGCGGAAGCCGCCGCGGCGCUUGUACGUCGCCCCGGCACCACCCGAGCAGAUACCGAUGGAGAGGAUUAGCCAGGUGCCCACGCUCAGGGACGAACUGGUACCGACCGGCAUCAGCACGCUCCCGCUUAUGGAGGACUUACGACACGAAUACGACAGCCUCACUCAGGAGAUUGGUCGCCUGCAGGACGCCCUGGACGCCCUGGUGCGAAUGCAGCGCAAAAGCGCCGAGGGUAAUCUUUACACGAAGGUGGCCGAGUUGCAGGAAGACAUUUCGCUGAAGCGCUUCGACCUCGGAGUGGCGCAACUGCGUUUGGCCGCGGUGCAGGCACAGAAGGAGCUAUUCGGUGGUGGAGAGGCCGGUCAACCGGACGGGGUGGCCAGUCGGAAGAUGUCAAACGGCUCGACCGGAAGUCCCAAGCUCAAAUGGCUGAAAGCGUUCAAAAGUCUGAAGACCAGCUCACCCACCACGCCGCCGCUGUCCGACAAAGGAAAGCAGGCGACCAUAUACCACGCAGUUUCCACCGUCGUCGCGAUGUCCAGGAAGAGCCUGGAGUCCGAGGGUGGGCACACCUGGCGCGAGUACACCUAUCGCAAGAUCACACCGUGCGACGCGUGCGGCCAGGUACUGCGCGGCCACAGCCGUCAGGGUGUCCGAUGCCGCGGCUGCAAGGCCAACGCGCACACUGAUUGCACGAACAUGGUGCAGCCGACGCUCUGUCCCAGCCUGGCGCCGAAGAAGAGCGGCGGUAUACCACUGCUGAGGCGGCAAAAGACGCAGGUAGCCGACGAGGUGCCGCCGCCGGCUGAGCACAACGUGGACGCCAUAUACCAGGUGCUGAAGCAGGCAGGCGAGAUCCGUGGAAACUCGACAAACUCACCACCUACGCCUCCCACAGCAGAACAUCCCCCCUCCGGUGCAGCACCUUCGUCAACGAGGGCCUCCUCCCAUCCUUGUUCCUCGUCCACCUCUGCGCCGCAUAGUCCGCAACGUAGACGCGAGAGACUGAAUCUGCGGAUGAAGAGCCUCAGCCUGGACUCGCCGGAAGGCACGGCACACGUGCGGCAUCGGCCGCGCGAUUACUACCCCGCCGGUCAGAAGGAGACCACACCGCCCCGGCACUCCGACAGCGGCAGUAUCAACAGGCUGUCGCCCUGCAGCCCGGGUCAGAGCCACAGUAUGCACAAGCACGUGAGGAGCGCCAUCAGGAUGUCGAGCAUGGAGCUGCCGGAUGAGAACGAGAAGUCGUACUCGUCGGCGAGCACGUCGCCGUGCCCGUCGCCGCACGCGAACAACCAGAACCACCUGAAUCCGCCUGGCAAGCGGGUGCUGCCGCCGAACAACCUCUACGUAGUCCUGUACAACUUCGAGGCGCGGCAUCGGGACGAGCUGGACCUCAAGGCCGGUUACAAGGUCACGGUGAUCGACAAGUCGGAGAAGGACUGGUGGAAGGGCAAGUGUCUCGGCGGCCGCGCUGGUUACUUCCCGAGCGCGUACGUCAUGCGGGUCGAGUCCGGCCAGAAGACUCUUCAAGUCACGUGCAACCUGCAACUGGCCGAUCAGACCACUCUGCUGCGGGAUCAGAUCGUGAUCCAGGUCGGCGAAGAGGUGGACGGCGUGGCGAUGGUGAGGUGCGCCGCGGACGUGCGGUCCGCCGACCACACGGGCAAGGAGGGCGACGUGCUCUACAAGGAGGUCCUUUGCCCCCUCAAGUACCUGCAGGAGGUGUGACAGCAGCCUUACCAAGGCAUAACGCGCGGUAACGUGCUCGUGAG